GUCAAGCUAGCGCAAAGGUCGUUAGCGAAAGCAACGAAGAUAUGUUUGAAAUCGUUCUCUACGACCUCCCUCGGAAGGAUCCAGAAAGCGGACCAUGGUCCCCUAACACACUGAAGACGAGACUUGCUUUGAAGUACAAGGGCUUGCCUUUCAAGACCGUCUGGUUGGAAUACCCGGACAUUGUUGCGGAAUGCAAGAAGAUAGGGGCUCCUCCUACCGGGGCUCAACCGGACGGCAGUCCUUUCUACACCUUGCCUGUAAUUUAUGACCCUUCCACUAAGAAGGCGGUCGCAGACUCUUACGCUAUCGCGGAAUACCUCGACGCCACUUACCCUACGGAUAGGCAGCUGAUGCCAGCGGGCACGGAGGGACUGCAUGCAGCCUUCUACAGCGCCUUUGAUAACCAUGGUUUCUUCCCACUGGUCUUCGUUUACGGGCCGUUGAUUCCAACCAUCCUGAACCCCCCGAGCGAGGAGUACUUCAGACGAACGAAGAAGGAGACGCUAGAACAGAUGGCACAAACAGAGCAGGACGAAGCGCUGAGAAAGGGAAAAGCAGGCUUUGAUGUAAUACAGGGUUGGUACGAGAAGGCGGGAAAGGGGAAGCUAUUCUUGAUGGGAGAUACGCCGUCCUGGGCAGACAUUGUAGUCGCAUCAACCCUUGCGUCCGCUAGGAAUAUACUCGGGAGACACUCGGAGGCCUGGAAAGCUAUCUCUGAGUGGCAUGGAGGGAGAUGGGUGAGAUUGACGGCCGCGCUGGCGGAGUAAUAGUGACAGGUACUUGUAGUAGCUGUAGGGGGUUUCCAUGUCGAAUGUUCAUUAAAUUUACAUCCCUGAGGCCU